AUGAGCGUCACGACCGCCUCCCUCUCCGGGAAUUGGUAUUCCUUCACCAACGUCGGCCCCCUCACCACAACCUUCACCCCUGCGCCAACAUGCAGCUCCUCCAACCAGAUGCUCCUCGGCUACGUGACCACCAGCGCGAAUGUCGAGUUCGUUGCCGGCGCCGAAUUGCUCGUCCAAUGCACCUCGCCGCAUGCAUGGGGCGCGGAAUGCACGCCGUCCGGGACGCCGCUGCCCACCACCGCCCCGCCGGACGACUUUGACCUGUCCUACGAGGAGUACAUGGAGUCGCAAGACUCGCAGACGCUGUAUGGGGCUCCCAGCACUUACUUUUCGCCCGGCCUGUACUGUCCAAAGGGGUGGGAGACAAUUGGCGUGGCGGCCCGUGAUGCCAGGAGCGUGCUCACAUCGUCGGGGUUUUUAGUCCCGUCAACUAUAACUGCGGCCGUGACUACCAGUACGAGCACGAGCACAAGCACAGAAACAGACGAAAACUACGAUGGCCAUGUCUGGGAGGAGUACAUGAAUCCCGUCAUGGCGCUCAAGGAAGCUCUGCAGCCCAAGCAGACCUUAGCCGUGUGCUGCCCCAGCGGCAUGACCAUCGACUCCACGGGCUUCUGCUACUCGACCAUCCCAGACUACAAACCCAGCUCCGGCUGCGUGGUCGCCACGUACUACAGGUACAUGUACGAAACAACAACGUGGACGGACUCGCGCGGCAUCGUGUCCGAAUCGCACAUCGGCACUCCGACGGAUGUACUGAGCUCGAAGCUCACGUUGUCCACGAUCUUUGAUAGUACUGAGACACUGUACAGUGGUGUUAUGGGGGCGCAUGCUAUUACGUUGCUGCAUCAUGACUCGGAUCUUAGGGAUGCGGUGUCGGCAUCGGCGUCGGCGUCGGCUGCGAGUGCGAGUGAGGAGCCUACCGAUAAUGCUGCAGGUAGAACUAGAAUGGCGCGCGCUGCUUCGUGGGAAGGAGUCGGUGCCGUGGCUGGCAUUUGGGCUGGGGCGAUGCUGUUGGGUGCGCUGAUGGUUCUGCCAUGGUAG